GCGUAGUACAACCACCAUGAGACUUCCAAAAGUCUAUUCAUCGAAUUUCUAGAAGAGCUGUGAAUAUUCCAUCUCGAGCUCAUCAUCAAUAUGACUUUCAGCAAGAUCGACUGGGCUGCAAAGGAGCCUAAGGCUCCCGAGGUCCACACCGCCAUUCCUGGCCCCGAGUCGAAGAAUAUCCAGAGCCAACUCGACGGAGUGUUUGAUGCGCGUGCCGUUCAAUUUGUAGUCGACUAUGAAAAGAGUAUCGGAAACUACAUUGUCGAUGCCGACGGCAAUACUCUCCUCGAUGUCUACUCCCAAAUCGCCUCCAUCCCCGUAGGAUACAACAACCCGAACCUGAUUGCCGCUGCACAAAGCCCCGACAUGGUCACGGCGCUCGUGAACCGUCCUGCCAUUGGCAACUUCCCCUCGAGCAAGUGGGCGCAGCAGCUCAAGAACGGCCUUUUGCGUGCAGCGCCCAAGGGCCUGAACCAGGUCUUCACGGCUCAGUCGGGCUCUGAGGCCAACGAGCUGGCGUACAAGGCCGCAUUCAUGUACUACCGUCGCAAGCAGCGCGGUGACGCCGACUGGUCCGAGGAGGAAAUGAGCAGUGUGAUGCGCAACCAGUACCCUGGAUCUCCGGAUCUUGCGAUUCUCAGCUUCAAGGACUCGUUCCACGGCCGUGGAUUCGCCAGUUUGUCGACCACUCGCUCCAAGCCUGUGCACAAGAUGGACAUUCCUUCGUUCAAAUGGCCCCAGGCCUCGUUCCCGCACCUCAAGUACCCGCUAGAGCAGCACAAGGCGGAGAAUGAUGCCGAGGAGCAGCGCUGCCUCAAGGAGGUUGAGACUAUUAUCGAGCAUUGGCACUCGCCCGUUGCUGCAGUCAUCAUCGAGCCCAUCCAGAGUGAGGGUGGCGACAACCACGCUUCCCCUGCCUUUUUCCAGGGCCUGCAAGCCAUCACCAAGAAAUAUGGCAUUCUCUUGAUUGCCGACGAGGUUCAAACCGGUUUCGGAGCAACCGGAAAGUUCUGGGGCUACGAGCACUGGGAGCUUCCCUCUCCACCUGACAUGGUGACCUUUUCCAAAAAGGCCCAAACUGCCGGCUACUUUUUCAGCGACUCCUUGAUCCGUCCGGACAAGGCGUAUCGUCAAUUCAACACCUGGAUCGGCGACCCCGCGCGUGUGCUCUUCUGCAACGCCAUUAUCGACGAAAUUGAGCGUAGCAACUUGCUUGAGCAAUGCUCCCGCGUCGGCGACGCUCUGUAUUCCGAACUUGCCAAGCUCGCAGACAAGUAUCCUACCAAGAUCCAGAACCUCCGUGGCAAAGGAAAGGGAACAUACAUUGCCUUUGACACCCCCUCGCCAGCAGACCUCACGAAAAAGGCCAAGACGCUGGGCAUUAACAUCGGCAUGUGCGGCACCAACACGGUGCGGCUGCGGCCCAUGCUUAUUUUUGAAGAGAGACACAUCCCUACUCUCAUCACUGCACUGGACAAGGCGCUUGCUUGAAUCUUGAAUCCAAAGUCCUAGUCCUAAGUCCUGGAUCAUGGAUCAUGGAUCAUGGAUCAUGAGUCCUGAAUCGAAUCGUGCACAACGGAGCAAGAAUUCAAUGGUAGUAUGAUGAAUGAUUAGCAUGGGUAGCAUAUAAUGCGUCUAGCAUGUGGUAUGUAGCAUGUACAGACGGACAGACAAACAGACGGACACAGGCAGGCAGUUACAUCAGCGCUACGGCACAAUGCACAAUGCACAAUCCAUCGUC